AUGCCUUCAGAUCAAAGCACUUGGCUUCUCGCGGUGCCCCAAGAUGGAUUCUCUGAAGGUCUUAUACAGGAGCUUUCGCCAAAGUUAAGAAACCAGACAAAGCUGCCUGCCAGAAACCUUUCUCAACUCGAUAUCCCAUCCUUCAAGACUGGCACUCUUGAUAGCCUUGUUUCUCUUUCCGAGGAUCUCCCAAAACUAGAUACAUACUUCACCGCCACGGUCGCAAAGACCGUAGACACCCUCCGCAAUUUGUUAAAUAAUGACCCCUCGAAACUGGCCCAACAUACACUCGUCAAUGAGAAGAGCACAGAUAGCUAUCUAAUAGACAACUGGAAGUGGAACGAAGGAAGGUACGGAGUUCAGAAGAGCCUGAGAGAGCUCGUUGAUCUCCUUAACAAGGAAAUGAAUUCCAUCGACAACGCUAUGAAGUCAAAGCUUAACAACUACAAUCUGGUCAAAGGCUCCCUGACGCAAAUGCAACGCAAGAAGACCGGCAAUUUAUCCGUUCGCUCCCUAGCCGAUUUUGUCUCCGCAGAUAAUUUUAUUCAAGACUCGGAAUAUUUGGAGACGCUUCUGAUAGCGGUUCCAAGGACACUGGUCAAGGACUGGAACUCGAAAUAUGAAAGAUUGGCAGCAAUGGUCGUACCUCGUACAUCAACCGAAAUAGCGUCCGAUGACGAGUUUGUUCUAUUUAGUGUCGUGAUCUUUAGAAGAGUGAAAGAUGAAUUCUUGCAAAAGUGCCGGGAACAAAAAUUCAUAGUCCGGGAUUUCGUGUAUUCGGAAGAUGAGAUUGCGAAACAACGACAAGAGCUUGAAAUGGCAAAAACGACAGAAAAGGAGCUUUGGACUGAACUUUUACGACUAUCACGCACGAACUUCUCAGAAUCAUUCCAGGUUCUGGUUCAUCUAAAGGUUAUCCGUCUUUUUGUCGAGAGUGUUUUGCGUUACGGUCUACCUUCAAAUUACAUGGGAAUCGUAAUCAAGCCAGAAGGCAAGUCAGCCAAGAAAAUUUUUGGAGUUCUGCAAUCGCAAUUUGCUUACCUGCGCCCACGGUCCAAUCCCGCUGUCCAGCACGGCAAGAAGGGCCCUGCAGACGAGUUUGUCGGGGAAUAUCAAAAUAUACUCGACCAGGAGUUUUUCGACUUUGUCCUGUACGAGGUUCCUUGGAUUGUCAAUUAAUACUAUUGUCACUCGAUUGCCUGUGUC